CCGAGGGCCGGUCGGCCUCUUAGGGCUGCCUGGCUGCUCUAGGGAGUUCGGGUGCCCUAGCGCUCGAUCCAGGAGAGGCUGCGGCCGGGUUGGGGCGCGGAUGCUGGAAGUUCACAUCCCCUCGGUGGGGCCCGAGGCCGAAGGGCCCAGGCAGAGUCCAGAGAAAGGCCACAUGGUGUUCCAAGUGGAGGUGCUGUACAGCGGACGCAGACACACCGUGCCGCGGCGCUACAGCGAGUUCCACGCUCUACACAAGCGGAUCAAGAAACGGUACAAAGUGCCUGACUUUCCCUCAAAACGCCUGCCCAACUGGAGGACCAGAGGAUUGGAACAGCGCCGGCAGGGCUUGGAGACAUACAUCCAGGGCGUCCUGUACCUGAAUCAAGAUGUGCCCAAGGAGUUACUGGAAUUCUUGAGACUUAGACAUUUCCCUACAGACUCCAAGGCCAGCAGCUGGAGCUCACAGCUGCACCACCGGCCGGUCAUUGGCUUCUGCCUGGAUCCCUACAUUCACACCCCUUCCCCAGCACCUCUCCCGGAAGUGGUGGUGGAUGGUGUGCUCCAGGGUCUCUAUGGCUUCGGCACCAGCACCAGCCCGGCAUCAGCCCAGCCGGAGGCUAACUGUCAUCCUGCUCCAUCACCAAUGCCCUGACUAGCUCAGGCUUUGGGCCACCUUUCAGGACAGUUAUGUGCCUCAGUCCUAGGACUCCUAUAGGAAACUGGGUCUUCCCUUGGACUAGAUUCAGGUGUAACUAGCUGAGCUCAGUCGUGCCCAUCCCCACUCAAAGCUCUGAACUUGGUUUGCACUGACAGCUGUAGCUGGUGGAACUCAAGACUCUUAGGCUGAGGAGAUUCAGGUGUAUUUUCUAGCCCAGCCUGACAGGUGGAAGCAGCUUAGGAUGAGGCACAGGAGCGAGGUAGCCUCUG